CUUGCUGCUCUCUUGGCAGGGGUUGUGUUUCACUACAGAGCGGCGACCAGCAGGUAUACUCUGAAUUUUGAGGCGGCACAGAAGGCCUGUUUGGAUGUUGGAGCAGUCAUAGCAACCCCAGAGCAGCUCUAUGCCGCCUAUGAAGAUGGAUUUGAGCAGUGUGACGCAGGCUGGCUGGCUGAUCAGACUGUCCGGUAUCCCAUCCGGGCUCCCCGAGUAGGCUGUUACGGAGAUAUGAUGGGGAAGGAAGGAGUCAGGACUUACGGAUUCCGUUCGCCUCAUGAAACUUACGACGUGUACUGCUACGUGGACCACCUGGAUGGUGAUGUGUUCCAUAUCACUGCUCCCGAUAAAUUUACCUUUGAAGAAGCUGAAGAAGAGUGUGAAAACCAGGACGCCCGGCUGGCGACAGUGGGGGAGCUCCACGCAGCUUGGAGGAAUGGCUUUGACCAGUGCGAUUACGGGUGGCUGUCGGACACCAGCGUUCGCCACCCUGUGACUGUGGCCAGGGCGCAGUGUGGAGGUGGUUUACUUGGGGUGAGAACCCUGUAUCGUUUUGAGAACCAGACAGGCUUCCCUCCCCCUGAUAGCAGAUUUGAUGCCUACUGCUUUAAACCUAAACAGAAUAUAUCAGAGGCUACAACCAUCGAACUGAAUAUCCUUGCAGAAACUGCAUCAUCCAGUCUUUCUGAAGAACUACAAAUGGUACCCAACAGAACCACACCAAUCAUCCCUCUAAUCACCGAAUUACCUAUUAUUACAACAAAGUCCCCUCCUGUGGGAAAUAUAGUCAAUUUUGAGCAGAAAACCACAGUUCAGGGUCAAGCUAUCACACACAGAUUAGCCACUGACUCAUCCACACCUGCUGGGAGUACCAUGAAGCCUUGGGAGAUGGACUACUACUCACCUGCUUUAGAACCACUUGGAAGGCCAGACAUACCUGAAAUUCAGAAAGAAGUACCUCAAAGUACAACUGUCAUCUCCCAUCAUGCUACUGAUUCAUGGGAUGGUGUCAGGGAGGACCUACAAACCCAAGAAUCAGUUACACAGAUUGAACAAAUAGAAGUGGGUCCCUUGGUAACAUCUAUGGAAAUCUCAAAGCACAUUCCUUCCAAGGAAUUGUCCGUAACAGAAACACCAUUUGUGUCUAUGACAAUGACCCUGGAAUCCAAAACUGAAAAGAAAACAGUAAGCACUAUUUCUGAAUCUCUGACCACAAGCCGCUAUGGAUUCACCUUGGGAGAAGAUGACAGUGAAGACAGAACAUUUACAGUUAGAUCUGCUCAGAGCACCUUGGUCUUUAGCCAAAUACCUGAAGUCGUUACAGUGUCAAAGACUUCAGAAGACACUGCCUCCACUCCGCUAGAGGACAGGGAGCCAGUCUCAGCAUCUACAAUUCUUUCACCUGUAACUAUGCCUGACAGUGAUGGAUCAUCCACAGACAACUGGGAAGAGAAACAAACUAAUGGAAGAAUAACUGAAGAUUUUUUUGGCCAAUAUAUGUCCACCACAUCUUUCCCGUCACAGCAUCAUACAGAAGUAGAAUUGUUUCCUUAUUCUGGUGAUAAAAGAUUAGUCGAGGGAAUGCCCACAGUUAUUUAUCCCUCUCCACAAACAGAAAUGGCAGAAGGAAGAGAGAGAACAGAAACACUAAGUCCAGAGAUGAGAACAGAUACUUAUAUUGAUGAUGAGAUACAGGAAAAGAUCACCAAAGAUCCAUUUAUAGGAAAAAUAGAGGAGGAAGGCUUCUCUGGAAUGAAGUUCUCUACAGCUUCCUCAGAGGAAAUUCAUCUUACAGAGUCUUCAGUGGAAAUGACCAAAUCUUUCGAUUCCCCAACACUGACAACAACAAAACUAAGUGUAGUGCCAACAGAGGCAAGAGAUGUGGAGGAAGACUCUAUGACAACACUGGCUGAAUUAGAAACAGACAGCUAUCCAGAUACUACCAAGUAUGAUGAGGGUAUUACAACAGUGCAUUUGAGCCACAGCACUUUAACUGUGGAGGUGGUCACUGUAUCAAAAUGGUCCUGGGAUGAAGAUAAUACAACAGCGAAGCCUUUAGGGUCCACAGAAGAUGCAGGCCCUCCAAAAUUACCCCCUGCCUUACUCACCACUACAGAAGUGAGUGGGAAGGAUAAAGAAAUCCCAAGUUUCACUGAAGAUGAAGGAGAUGAAUUUACUCUUAUCCCAGAUAGUACUCAGAAGCCACUAGAAGAGUUUACUGAGGAAGACACAACAGACCAUGGGAAAUUCACAGUUGGAUUUCAGCCAACUACAUUAAUUGGUAUUGCAGAAAGGCCGAUUUUGAGAGAGUCUACAACUGAAGAAAGAGUUCCACCUAUCACAAGCGUGGAAGGCCAAGUUGUUUACGCAACCACAGAAGGAAGUGCUUUGGAUGAAGGAGAAGAUAUGGAUGUCUCUAAGCCGGUAUCCACUGUCCCCCAAUAUGCAGACACUUCAGACAUGGAAGGAUUGGCAUUUGUUAAUUAUAGUAGCACCCAAGAACCUCCUGCUUAUGUAGACAGCUCCCAUACCGUUCCUCUUUCUGUAAUUCCCAAGACAGAAUUGGGAGUAUUGAUACCUUCUGUUCCACCAGAAGGUGAAGUUCUAGGUGGACCCUCUCAAGACAUACACGUCAUUAAUCAGACUCGCCUCGAAGCAACGAUUUCCCCUGAAACUGUAAGAACAACAACAGAAAUUACACGGGGACCAGGUCAGGAAGAACUCCCUUGGAAAGAAUCAACCGCAGAGAAACCAGUUCCUACUCUCAGUUCUACAGCUGCCACGGCUGAGGAGGCAGCAACACCUGUGGGUAAACAAGAACGUGACGGGCCACCAUAUACAGUCUCUGAAGACAAGUUGGUGACAGCUUCUGAGAGAGUCCCAGUUGUCGAAACAACUCGAAUUGGAAAAAUUGAGCACAGUAUGCCUUAUCCACCUGGUGCUGUCACGGAGCACAGAGCAAAAACAGAUGAAGUGGUCACACCAAGCAUGGGGCCAACAGUGUCUUUGAGUCCAGAGCCUGAAGAGAAGUAUGAGACAGAAAGUGCUAGUCCAGGGGUAUUUGUAUCACCUUUCAGCACCCAUGUUACCCAGCUUAUAGAGGAAACCACUCCUGAGAAAAGAGAGAAAACAUCCCUAGAUUAUACUGAUGUAGGCUCAGGAUUAUUUGAAAAGCCCACAGCGACAGAACUCCCAGAAUUUUCAACAGUUAAAGCCACAGUUCCAAGUGAUAUCACUGCUGCCUUCAGUUCAGUAGAAAGACUCCACACAACCUCAGCAUCCAAGCCAUCCUCAGUACCCACUGAGAAACCACCUCUCAUUGACAGGGAGCCUGGAGAAGACACAACGCGUGACAUGGUAAUCAUCGGAGAGUCAACAUCUCGUGUUCCUCCCACUACCCUGGAGGAUGUUCUGGGGAAGGAGACAGAAACUGAUAUUGACAGAGAGUAUUUCACAAUUUCAAGUACUCCCUCCCCUACGCAGCCAGCAAGACCGCCCACUGUGGAAGGCAAAGAGGCCGGCAGACCUCAGGCAAUUGCCACUCCAGAACCCCCAGCAGGGACAAAAUUCCAUCCUGACAUUAAUGUUUUUAUUAUUGAGGUCAGAGAAAACAAGACAGUUUGGAGAAAUGUACACAAAGCUAAAGGUGUUGAGGAGAGGAUGAAGAAUAAGGGACACUGGCUCUGA